CGUUGAGCGCGACAACUGGAAUUGGCUUAAAAGUAUAUAAUAUCUAAACAAUAUUAUUUGCCACUAAAUUAAGCAGUGUUGCAUGCAACAACUCUUGUCUGGCAGCUGGAGACAAAGUAUACAUAUGCAACAGCAUAAUAACAAUAACAACAAAUAUCAAAUUUGUGAUGUGUGUUUAACCGUGUGUGCUUCUGUGUGUAUGUGUGCUAAAGUGUGUGUGACUAGUGAAAUACUCGUGUGCUAUUGUUUGCUGCUACUGUUGCGGCAACUGCAACUGCAAACAACAGUCGCCCGCCCGCUACUUUGUGCCACAUAUUAGGCAACUGCAACAACAGCGACUAGCUGAUUUUUUUAUGGGCCAACUCAAUGCAAAUUUAACACACAAAACGCUUUACUUUUUUCUUGGUGUGGCAAGCAAAACUCAAGCCGUGUAAUUGCCACCAAAAUUUAUGUUGCAGCUGCAGCUAAUUCAAAAUACAACAAAAUAAACAACAUUUAAACGCUUUUUAAUUCAACUAGCUUAAAAAAUUGCACGCGUUUUUAAGUCGCGCGCGUUUACUUAGGCGCGGUUUUUACCUUGCGGCUCGUAGAUUGGAUUGGAAAGUGGAUUUGUUGUCUGUCGCCUGGCUGAUUGGACUGUGUUUGCUUUGUCAAAAGGUCAAAAGAAACACAUUAACAACGGCAACAAAUCAAGCAACAGCCAGCUUAGCAACAUCAUUUAACUGGCAACAUUCGCGUUUAGCAACAUGUUGCCAAGGCUCACGUUCGCUGUGCUGAUCGUCUUUUGUGGAUAUUUGCUGUUUACGGAUUGCCGUGAAACGGAACGCUCGAAGCGCACAAAACGCCCACGCGCACCGGAACCGGUCAACUUCGAGCCGGAGCCGCAGCAGGAUCUGGAGAAUGAGGACACCGGCAGCCAGGAGAAGGAUCUGCCCGAAAUACCCGAUAACUUUUUAAGUCCCUCGGUGCGCGAAUAUCUGGAGCUGGGCAAAUCCAUACCGGGUCGACCCGGCGUGGACUAUCCGAUACUCUCUGCCGUACCCUAUACGAACUUCUACUGUGACGAGCAGUCCUACCCGGGCUUCUUUGCGGACAUGGAAACUAGAUGCCAGGGCUGGCACUAUUGCGACAUUGAUGGACGUCAGGCCUCGUUUCUUUGCCCCAAUGGCACACAGUUCUCUCAGGCGGUCUUCGUCUGCGACUGGUGGUUCAAUGUACGCUGCGAUAUCUCCCCCCGGCUGUAUGCGAUCAAUGCGCGUCUCUAUCAGCGCCCCAAGGUGAAUCCAACGCGACCACAUCGCAUCAUUACCAAGCAGCUGGUCGAAGAUAUAUUUACUUGAGCUGCAUACCUUAUUAAUAGACUUUAUUUAACAUAGUUUUGUCGACGACUAUUAGUGGUUAGAUUUGGUUUCUUUUGCCACGGGCAUACUUAUCCAUCAUGUGUUUUAGAUGUUUCUGAUUAAGUUUUGGACAGCAUUCGGCUAAAAGAUUUAUUUUUACGUAUUAAAGUAAACUGGAAAUAUAAACUUCUCAAGCGCGCGGUGUUUUCUCAAAUAGUCGCUAAUAAGAACUUUUUUUAAAUAUUAAGAGCCAAAUGUUGGAUUUAGGAAUCGUAAAUUUUCUUGUAUUCAAAAAUAACCUUUCAAAACCUGGAAGUAAGGUUAUAAUUUGCAAACGAUACCUGUAAUAAAAUCUGAGCAGAAUAACGAACUAUAAAAUAUAUGUGAAUAGAAACUGUCUUCGAAAUUGAAACUGUCUUCGAAAUUGCGGCUCAUAAAAAAUAAAUAUGUAUAAAUAUUCCUAGAAACCAAUAAGUACAUAUAUAAAGUUUGUCAUAUGACGCUCAUAUCGAGAAUAAA